CCCACGGCUCCCCCACGUGGCUCCACCAAACUAGCUGCAACAGCAAUGAGCAAACACCCGGUGGAACUGCGCAUCUGCGGUGCUCAACAUUCAAACCACUUCCCAGUCCAGUCCUUUGCGGAUUAGAAAAUGCCUCAUUGGAGGAAAUGCGUUCUUGGAUGCGAGGGAGACUACCCUCUUUUUACGCUUCCCAAGGAUGCCACGAUUCGUCAGAAAUGGUUGGACUUUAUUUUUGGAGACUUCCCUCCUCCGAAAAAGAACUGGUAUAUUUGUGCGAGACACUUUACUGAUGACAGCUUUCUAAACAAAGGCCUGUUUGAUAAAGGACUGAUAGGAAGAUUGUCACUAUUAGACCAUGCAAUACCAACCAGGCUUAAACCGUUUGAGUGGGGACAGGGCACACCUGUCUCCAGAUCGGUUGGGACUUCCUGUGUAGUAGAGAUGAAGUCCCAAGGAACAUCCACAACACCACAGACUGCAGAAAUUGGUAUUCAGUGUAUGCUUCUGACUCCCACCCUAGAUGACCAGGACAGCAACGGCCCUGAAAGUGAUGAGGAACCUGAGACUGAUGAGGAGGACCCGGACUGGGCACCUGGUGCAGAAGAGUCUGAGGAUGAGGACUUCGACCUCGAAGACGUGGCCGAAACCUGCCCAUCGGCGGAGCGUAAAUUCAUUGUCUUUGAAAGUUGUUUGAGGACGCUGUUCGCUGUGUGUGUCGUCUGCUCCGGGGCCUGCACAGUGACGAUGAAGCAGAUCAUGGGCACCAUGGUGGCCGUGAGCAGUGUCUGCAAGAGGACAGACGGACACACCCGGGUGUGGUACAGCCAGCCGGCCCACAACAGCAUGCCGGUGGGCAAUUUGAUGAUGGCGGCAGCCACCUUAUUCAGUGGGUGUUCACCAACAAUUGCCCUGAACCUUUUCCGACACAUGAGCGUUGGAAUCUACAGUUUGAAGACGUUUUUCAGUCUGCAGCGCUGCUAUUUGGUCCCUGCUAUUCAAAGGGUUUGGAUCACCAAGCAGCAGGCCAUGAUUAUGAAGAGAAAGGGAACGCCACUAAGACUGGGCGGAGAUGCUCGCUGCUGCUCAUCAGGGCAUACAACCAAGUAUGGCAGCUAUUCCUUAAUGGAUAUGAAUACUGGUGUGGUGCUCACCACCCGUCUAGUGGAGUGCAAUGAAGUGCAGAGCAGCGCAGCAGUGGAGUUGGAGGGCCUGAAACAGGGGAUCCGCUUCCUGGAGCAACAUGGCCUCACUGUAGCUGAACUCAUCACAGACAGACAUAUGCAGGUCUGCAAAUGGGUCAGAACGGAAAAGCCCGACAUCAGACAGCGGUUUGACGUAUGGCACGUUUCCAAGGGCAUCUUCAAAAAACUCGUGGCAGUGGCCAAAAAGCCAGGCUGUGCUUCAGUGGGGCUGUGGGCUCAGUCUAUCUCCAACCAUUUGUGUUGGACAGCAGCCACCAGCGGUGGAGACGCAGACAUGGCUGUGCAGAAAUGGACUUCUGUGGCUCGUCACGUCUGCAACGUCCACGAGGGCCAUGGCGACAUGUUCCCGCGGUGCGAGCACGGACAGAUGAACAGACAGUGGGUGGAGAACGGCAGCAGAGCACAGAAAGAAAUCCAGGCGGUUAUCCUGAGCUCCAGGCUGCUGGCAGACGUCCGUCAGCUGUCCCCUCCAGAGCAGACGUCGUACUUGCAGUCUUUUCAUAACGUCGUCUGCUUCUUCGGAAGUAAACAGGGGCAUUUCCUUCGUCCCUCACUGGAAGCAAAACUGAUUUUGGCAGCUCUUCACUUUAACGAGAACAUGGCAAAGGAGCAGGCCUGGAAACAGGACAGGGCUCAGCGGUGGAAGGUGUCCUAUCCAAAGUUUAAGAAAGGUGGCGCUGUGGUUCGGCCUGUGAAGGAGUCUGACACAUACGACUAUGUCAGACACCUGAUGGAGCUUGUGUGGCAGAUGCGGCUGGAGGUUCCCUUCUAUGAAGACGUAGAUACAGAAACUUCUGUUUCUUAGCUCUGGCUGUGCGUUUAGGGUCGUUGUCUUACAUUUGUUGCCAGCUUAGAUCAAAUUUGCUCUUCUAGUACUGCUCGUUUUAAACUCUAUAAUUUUUCCCAUCAACUCUGACCCACUUCCAUAACCAGGUUAACGAAAAGCAAGUCCAAUGCAUGAUGCUGCCACCACCAUGUUUUGCUCUUAGUGCGGUGUGUUCAGGGUGAUGUGCUGUGUUAGUUUUCCUUCAUAAAGGUCAGAAAGUUACAUUAUUGGCUCUUAUUACAUUUAAGGUAUUUUGGACUUUUAUUUAGGUUUAUUAGAGUAAUGGGGGCUGAAUACAAAUGCUGGCAAUCGUUCACAUAAUUUUGUAGCUAAAAAGUUGCAAAUCUACAUGUAAUUUUCUCUACGUUUCACGAUUAUGCACAUAUAAAAUCAUGUUAAAUCCUAGAAAUGCACUUAGGUUUCCAAGUAAGUGAAACCUUAUUUAUAUAUCAUCUCUCAAGACACAAAAUCAGAAAGUGCUUCACAACAGUCAGUAAUGCAUAAAAAAGACAAAUAGUAAUAAUAGUAAAGAAAAGAAAAGCAGAUUUAAAUGUGUUUCUAACUGACUUUUAAAAUAGAACUGGAAAUCCAGUUUUGCAAAACUGCUGCAGUAAAUUGAGAAAAUGUAAAAAAUUCUAGGGUUAUUAAUACCUUUACAAAGCACUAUAUGUCCCAAUAAACAGCAUUUACUGUUAAAAAUAAAAUAAAAUACAAAUUCUUUCA